AUGAGUGUCGACUUAUUGAACUCAGUAGAGAUUUCGAGCCAAGAAGCAGCUUGGUGGCUACUUGGUAAACCAAUGUCAGAAGCCUCGUCGUGGUCGAUAGACCGACAGAGAUUGAAAAAAGCACGCAAAGAAUUGACGGAGAAUAAUGACGAGUCCACAGACAUUUGGAGGGAUAAUGUGUUCGACAAAUACGAACAACCACCGGAGGAAUUGAACGAUCUAACUCUGGCCCAGUUUUACAAUGAGAACAUUAUUCUAGAGCGUCGCAAGAAAUUCGAGUCCAACAUCAACAUUGAAGAAACUAUGAGAUUAUGCGAACUGUUGUAUCGUGAGAACGAAAAUUGUUCGCAAGCUUUUGCAGAUAUUAUCGGCGAACCAGUAGAGUAUAGCGAACAACCGGUACUCUUUGCGGGAGAUUUCAAUGUAAAUUUCUCAUUGUCAGAAGCUAAACCAUUACUGGCAUUCCUCAGAGAGAAAUUUUCAUUAGAAAUGAUCAAUGGAAGAAUUGAUCUUACGACAAAAGGAGGUACGACUAUUGAUGCGGUAUUCGCGAGAAAUAUAGAUAAACUAGAUCAACGACCUUCAAGGAUGCAACGAUCACUAGUUGGUUUCAAUACCUGUACAAGAGGUGGGGGAAGAGGGGGUUUGGUAAAUCAUGGUCGGAUGCAUGGGAAGUCAAAUUAUAAAAUCUACAAACGAUAUAUAGCUAAGUUCGGCGAAGCUGAUCCACGGUCAAUACCAGUGAAGAUUGAACGCGGCGGGCCAGAACGGAAUGGUGGAGGCAAUUUUUUAUGCACAGGGGGCGGCAACAUGUGCGUCAUCAGUUCAAGUUUAUAUUGGCGUGGUACUCCAAUUUUAAGUCCACGAAAAGAAUUUUAUAAUCAUCCUAGAAACUUGGAAAAUUGGCGACGUAAUCGCAACGAUCGGGAAAACGCGCCUAGCAGUGGAGUGGGCAGUGCUGAAGCUUGGCGCGGUAAUAUUGACACAGGCUGUAAUUUCGCAGUAACACAUCAUUGGGAACCAUCUAAUGAAAAAUCCUCAGAACCUGUUACGACAAAACUUGUACCACAUCCGCAAAAACUAAUUCCGGUAUCUAUGUCUGAUUUAGCCACUUUGGAGCAAGGCGAUCUGUUAACAGUGUCACCUAUGACAACCCAGCUCAAAGAUGAAUCUAAUGAAUCUGUCGCUAAACACCUUAAGGGUAGUACAAAAGGUGCUAUCAAGCAACAGAUAGUAACCACGACGAACCCAAAGGUGUCUGAGGUUAGUGCUUGUAACAAAAAAAACGAGGCGGAUCGACGUCGAGAUCAAGCCGAAGAUAAACAUCGAAAGAAGGAGGAAAAGAAACGCCAGCAAUCAGGUGAGGAAAAACGCCACCAACAACAAUUAGAUGAUGAAAAGCGUCGACAAAUGGUUGAACAAAAUGAACGGCAGCUGCAAAUUCUAGUACGGCGGCGGCAAGCAAUUCUAGGAAAUAUAGCCAAUAAUUCUGGUUUAACUGAAUCAGUGAAUUCGAGUUCUAAUCUUCAUAACAAAAAUGCGCAUUUCCAAUCUUCUGUUGCACCAUGGUCUACUCAAAGCAAUGCAGCUUCUUCAAAAGGUGUGCCAUGUCUAGCUGAAAUACAAAAAGCUCAAAGACGGGAACGCCAAAUGGAACAGCGUAAAAUGAAAAUGUUUCGCAAACGAGUUCAUGCUAGUGCUAACGCUGCUGUUGAAGCAUUUGAUUCCAUGUUAAAAUGGAACGUACCUGUAAGGGACGUACCCGUUAAAAGUUUUGCCGAAAUACAAGCAGAAGAAGCAAAGUGUUUAGCCAAUGAAAAAAAUAUGUUGAAGCAGCGUCACAAAGAACAGGAACAGCAGCACACAACAACUGUUAUGAGUGCAACAAGUAAUACGGGUGGAAGCCCCAAUAAUACUUCGGCUGUAUGUUCAAGCACAAAAGCUUGGGGUUCAACAAACACAACUGUUUUCUGGGACAAAUCUAUCAAAUUUAGUGCUGUGGUUGCUGCUAAUAAUAAUUCUGGUGGAAAGUAACUAAACAAUCUUCAACCGGUCAACAAAAACUGUCACCAUCUGCGUAUGCCGGUAAAGAAACCAUUGCAGUUAGUGGGCCUACCACAGUUUUUUAGUCCAACUUACUACAGAGUUGAUUGCAUGUUGCAGGUUUAGCGCAGCUUUUUAUUUUUUGUUGGUUUUUCGACGCAUAGUAUUGCGGUGUCAUCAGCAAAAGUGACAGUCUUACUGUUUGGUUCUAACCGUAAAUCUCUUGUAUACAGAAUAUAUAAAAGUGGACCUAAGAUACGUCCCUGAGGAACUCCUGCUUCUAUUUAUUUUAGUUUGGAGAAUUCAUUUCCUUGUUUUACACCGAAAAAUCUCACGGUGAUAUACGAUUCUAAAAGAGCACAAUAUUCAAUCGGAAGACAUGAUUUUAGUUUUUGCAUAAGGCCUUCGUGCCAUACCUUGUCAAACGCUUGCGCAACGUCAACGAAAACAGCUGAGCAUACG